UCACCCUAUCGGUUGCCACCAAUAAUUCAGGAACAGCUGCGUAAUUAGCCAUAUUGAACAGAUUGAAAACUAUAUGAGAGAAAAGGGGAGAAAAGCAAACAUGCAUAACACAUAAUAUAUAUAUGUUCAGAUUUCUAUUUUUUUCUAAGCAUAUAGUAGAUUUCUAUGAUGAAGAGGAAAUGAGUGCAGUAAAUUUUUAUUCAGUAAGAGAAUUUUUUCUCAGGAAAUGAAAAAUCAAGAGAAAAACAAAGGAUAUAUGGGAAAAAGAAUCUUAUAAAGGUGAGAAAAUGAUAUAUCACUGAAAAAGGGCAAAAGCAAAUAGAUAUUCAUGUUCUUUCUGAACAUGCUGGUGGAACUCCACUAAUGUUAUCACAGAGAGAGAGAGAGAGAGAGAGAGAGACAGACAGAGAGUUAGAGAUAAAACGAUCAUUAUUAUUCUUUUAUCACAUAUACUCUCCAGAAAGAAGCCACCAGGGAAUAAAAAAGUAAUAUCCAUAUGCAGAUUAAAAGUAGAUGCUUGUUUUCUCUCUCUCUCUCUUUUGUUUUUUUUUUUUUUUUUAUGAUCAUCAAAGACACCAUCCCAGCAAUAUUCUUCUUCAACGAUUGAAAGAUCAAUCCAAUUGAAGAAAAUGCAGAUCAGCAAGGAUGAGCUCCUUCUUCUAAAACCUCUGCUUCUCAUGCUCACUUUAUUUUUCACUUCUGUAGCUCAAGAUGCUCCAACAAGCUUUUGCGGCAAAAUCCGAAUCCAAUACCCCUUUCUGAAUAAUUCGAAUUCAACCGAGUCCUCUCUACUACACCGAAUGAUUCAAUGCAAAUCCCAGAAGCUAUACUUUAGAACCUCAGUUGGUCUUUUUCCUGUAUCUUCCAUCAAUUACACCAGAAAAUUCCUGACCAUCUCUCACCGCCGUUGCUCUUCUUCAGAACACUAUGUGUCUCCUUUACUUCUCUCGGCUGGUUUUCCUCCUCCUCCUCCUCCAUUGCUCAACUCACUUCUUCUCUUCAACUGCUCAAACAAAGCACAUCCCUUUUCACCCGUUAUCCGAAACUGCACUCGCUUCCCUGCAUCAUGUGGAUCUUCUUCUAAAGUUCAGAAACUAGAACAAAAACCAGGAGUUCCUCAUUCAUCAUGUUUACUUGUUGAUGAUCUGGAAAAGCUGGGAGUGGGUUUUAGUCCAAAAGAUUUCGACUGCUCCCAUUACAGCCAUUUACACAGAUCCUUAUCUGGUGAAAGCUACGAAGAAUAUCAUCAUGAGCUGGGAACAAGGAUUUCCUUUGACAUUCCUGAUCACGUACCGAAUCCGUGUAACGAGUGCGAGAAACCUAAUGGUAAUUGUGGAGUUGGGUUGAGGUGCAUCUGCCACCCAAACGAGUGCAAAGAUAAGGUCAUUUCUAUGGGCGGAUCCCUUGACACUUUUGGUAUUGUUCUCUUUUCUUUGAUUUCUUUGGUCCUUGUAAUCAUUUCCACUCAAUGAUGUAUAAAAUGAAAGGCAAAGUUCUAUU